AAAAAAAACAGUGGGAAACAGUUCGUUCUCCAGCGGCACGUUAGACGCCAUAUGCUGCCACACUAUUCUCUGCCCACCUCUAGGACCUCUUCUUCUUUUCUUUUCUUUUCGCCCCGUUUCCGGAGAGGUCGUAUUGGGCAAAUUUUAAUUUUACGCAAUGGGUCGCGUCAUUCGUGCACAGCGUAAGGGAGCUGGUUCCGUGUUCAAGGCGCACGUGAAGAAGCGCAAGGGAGCCGCCAAGCUGCGUUCCCUGGACUUCGCCGAGCGUUCCGGCUACAUUCGCGGAGUUGUCAAGGACAUCAUCCACGAUCCCGGCCGUGGCGCCCCUCUGGCCGUCGUCCACUUCCGCGACCCCUACCGCUACAAGAUCCGCAAGGAGCUGUUCAUCGCCCCCGAGGGCAUGCACACCGGCCAGUUCGUGUACUGCGGUCGCAAGGCCACCCUCCAGAUCGGCAACGUGAUGCCCCUGAGCCAGAUGCCUGAGGGUACCAUCAUCUGCAACCUGGAGGAGAAGACCGGCGAUCGUGGCCGUUUGGCCCGUACCUCUGGCAACUACGCCACCGUGAUUGCCCACAACCAGGAUACCAAGAAGACCCGUGUCAAGCUGCCCUCCGGCGCCAAGAAGGUCGUGCCCUCGGCCAACCGCGCCAUGGUUGGCAUCGUUGCCGGUGGCGGUCGUAUCGACAAGCCCAUCCUGAAGGCCGGUCGUGCCUACCACAAGUACAAGGUGAAGCGCAACAGCUGGCCUAAGGUGCGUGGUGUGGCCAUGAACCCUGUGGAGCAUCCUCACGGUGGUGGUAACCAUCAGCACAUCGGUAAGGCCUCCACCGUCAAGCGAGGCACCUCCGCCGGUCGCAAGGUCGGUCUCAUUGCUGCCCGUCGUACCGGUAGGAUCCGUGGUGGCAAGGGCGACAGCAAGGACAAGUAAGCUCUGGCUGCAGCAGGAUUCCGGCGUGGCGCAGGUUCCGCCUGAGAUCUGGGUAGUAGUCGUACUCUGCUGUGCGGCGCUGUGGGAGAAAAUGCUAUUCUACAUGGAAAAUCUGUAUGUUCUAGGCAUACGCUUGACACGGCGGAAUAAAACUUAUUUGUAAAAAUUA